CUGCCACUCUUUACCAUCAAUGCUCUUUACACCGACUCCAUCAGUCCGUGUAGUUUAAAUUACAGCUAACAGAUGAACUGUCAGAGUGAUCACUCCGCUCCUCUGAGGGUGUUGGUGACAGGAGGGUCUGGCUUGGUGGGCAGGGCCAUACAGCAUGUGGUCAGAGAGGAGGGGGGAGCCAAGGAGGGGGAAGAAUGGAUAUUCCUCUCCUCCAAGGAUGUCAACCUGAUGAACAUGGAGGAGACACGGACGGUGUUUGAAAAACAUCGGCCAACACACGUCAUUCACCUGGCUGCUAUGGUUGGGGGUCUUUUCAAGAACAUGAAAUACAACCUGGACUUUUGGAGAAACAAUAUCUACAUCAAUGAUAACGUGCUGCAGGCGGCACAUGAAGUCGGCGUGGUCAAAGUUGUUUCCUGUCUGUCCACCUGCAUCUUUCCUGAUAAGACCACCUACCCUAUCGAUGAAACCAUGAUCCACAACGGUCCACCUCAUGAGUCGAACUUCGGCUAUGCUUAUGCAAAGAGGAUGAUUGAUGUUCAUAACAGGGCAUAUUUCCAUCAGUAUGGGCGUUGCUUUACAGCUGUCAUUCCCACGAAUGUGUUUGGUCCCCAUGACAACUUCAGCAUUGAGGACGGCCAUGUGCUGCCAGGCCUCAUACACAAAGCUUACAUUGCUCAAAAGGAGGGGAAGCCCCUGGUGGUCUGGGGCUCCGGAUCCCCAAGAAGACAGUUCAUCUACUCUUUAGACCUGGCUCGUCUCUUCCUGUGGGUCCUGAGGGAGUAUCCAGAGGUCGAUCCAGUCAUUCUCUCUGUUGGAGAGGAAGAAGAAGUGUCCAUCAAAGAGGCAGCAGAAGCAGUUGUACAAGCACUGGACUUUAAAGGAGAAGUUGUGUUUGAUACCAGUAAAGCAGACGGCCAAUUCAAAAAGACAGCCAGCAAUGCUAAGAUGCACCGAUACCUGCCAGAGUUCACCUUCACACCAUUCACACAAGCUUUAAAAGAAACUUGUGAUUGGUUUGUUGCCAACUAUGACUCAGCGCGGAAGUGAAAACACCAACAAGUUUGUGCCCCCUCUGUUGGAAGAUGUGGAGGAGAACAAAGGGGUACAUGUGGGAGAUGUUACAGAAUGAAUCCGUCAGUUUGAGUCUGUUACUCAGAGCUGGAAUGAAUAUCUCACUUUGAAAUCAAGUCUGCAACACCAUACUGUGUAACUGUAUGUUGAUUUGUUUCACUAUGCUGGUGUUAAUCAUUAAAAUGUUUAAUUGACUGCAUUAA